AUGUCCACGAAAGAUCUUAAAGCGAAGAUGUCGAACUUUGACUUUAAUGCCAUACUACGAGGAGCUCAGCUAACUCUUGUUGGAGCCCAUCGUGCUUUGCAAAAUCCAAGUCUGUUUACUUCAGAUCACUACCGACAGGUAGCUAUAGCUGUAGUGGCAGGUAUUGCCAUUCGUAUCAUUAUUGCAAUCCCGAUCCUUAGCGUACAGGCUCUGAUAUGGUUCCUUGGACUGUUCAUGGACCUCGAGCACGCCACAUGGGACAAUGAUUUGAUCCAAGGGCUUCAUUUCCUGGAAAAUUCUGUACUGCAGGUGCCAUUUUUCCUAAUGUCCCUACUAAGAUCAUUGAGCCCUACACUUGACAACCUGUUCAUAGAGUCUUUAGCAUGGGUCGACCGCACCUACUACCAGAAGCAUCAAUCAGAAGACCCCCAGAAUCUUCGAGCCUCGUAUCAUCAAAAUCUAAAGAUGUAUCCUAGGAAUCGACAUGACGGUCCUAAAAAAAGUAACAAGGAGAAGGCCUUCACGUUCGCCCUGCGAUACAGUCGUAAAGCUGGGAUCUCACUUGCCAUCUAUCUUUUGUCGUAUCUUCCUAUUGUCGGUCGAUUUGUACUACCUGCUGCCAGUUUUUACACGUUCAACAAAGCAGUAGGGACUCCUCCUGCUGUCUUAAUCUUCGCGAGCGGCCUGGUUGUACCCAAGCAUUACUUGGUCAGAUUCCUGCAGACCUACUUCUCGUCUCGAAGCUUGAUGAGGGAGCUGCUUGAUCCGUACUUUUCUAGAGUACAUUUCACAAAAGAACAGAAGAAAGCAUGGUUUCGAGACCGCGAAGGCGUGCUGUUCGGGUUUGGAGUCGGCUUCUUCGUCUUUCUCAAGAUUCCUCUCCUUGGUGUCCUCAUCUAUGGGGUUGCAGAAGCUUCGACUGCCUAUUUGAUCACCAAGAUUACGGACCCUCCGCCACCACCUGUCGAUGAGGCCAAAUACGCCGAAAGCCAGGUCUCAUGGAAGAACAAGCACGACUUCAUGACGCUCUCCUUGGGCAACAUCGACGCCCUGAAUGUUGAGACGAGUGCAAAGAAGGAAGACCCGCUGGAUUCCGGGAUGCCAGGCAAGACAUUCAGCUAA